GAAAAAAAAAGUAGCCCUUCACGGCAACCACGUCACUCGGAGAGAGGCCCGCUUCCGUCUACCGCAAGCGCGAAAAUAACUACCAACCAUCAAACGCGACAACGAUCCUGCAGCAUCGCAUCCGCGAGUAAAAAAACGCGUUCCGUCGUCAGCGAUCCAAAGCAUCUCCCGAAGACGAUUCCCCCUCCCCCCCUCCCCGCCUCCUUUCCCCCCAAAUUCCAUUGCGACUGUGCAAGCCGAAUUGCACAGCCGACCACGGUCGUACCGGCGCUCCCACAGGAAACUUUAUGCAACCAGGCCUGAUUGAUAUCCCAACCCACGACGUCGGUAGAACCAGCACCCAAAAUCUCCCGCCCACCACCACACAACAUGGCUCCGGUUGCUUUCGCUCAGACUCGCCAGACGCUCGUUCCCCGCCGCACUCUCGAGGUCCGCCUUCGUGUGUGCAGGGUUCGGGAAGAGAAGCAGCGUCUGGCGGCGGCCACGAUGUCGGCCAUCCAGACCAGCACUCUGAUCGGCUGAAUGUCGGCGCGGUCAAGCCAGCUGCGGCCGCCCGAGCCACCGUCGCCGGUCAGCGCGUUUCCGACUACGAGAAUGCGGCUGUCUCAUCCUCGCCGCGUAACGGCGCCCGCCCGCCCCCGGGCUUCAAGGUUGCGCACAGCUCGCAGUCCGCUGGCGUGCAGCUGACCGAUUUCCCGAAUGAGCUGUUGACUCAGAUCCUGUCCCACCUGCACCCCGAUUCGCAUGCCGCCGUGGCGCUGGUCUCGAAGCGCUUCUACGCACUCGUCACCACACCGUAUGCGUGGCGCAUUGCCUUCCUGCGCUACUUUGCGGGGCAUGACUCGGUCGCCGGCCGCGACAAGGCCGGCCAGCAGGGGAAGGAGGUCGAGUCGUCCGCUGCGGUCCGGUCCGAGGUCCGCUACUUCACCCGGCUCACCGCCCUCGCCUCGUGGCGCAGCGAGUACUUGCUCCGCACGCGCCUGCUCCGGGGCGUGGUCCGCGGGAAGCCCGGCAGCAUCGGCUCAUCCGUCCGCGCCACCCAGUCCGGAAAGAAGGCCGCCGCCGUGCUGACCUACAACUCGAAGCUUCCAUGGAUGAUCAGCCACAUCCAUGCCGACUUCACGGGCGGGAAGAAGGGCCCGCGGGUGAUCCACGGGACGCGCGACCUCGGGGUGGCCACGGUCAGCGAUCCUACCACGGGCCGGAUCGAAAAAUGGGGCUUGGACGAUCCUUUUACUUUCCAGCAGCUUGACGAGGUCUUUCCGAACCUCGAGUUCUAUGGCGUCGGCGAGGGCCCGGCAGCUGUGCCCAAUGUCUUGGACGUGAGCCAGCCGUAUGGCUUGGCCGCCGGCGAGGGCUUCCCUGGCGGCCGCGUCUACUACAAGGCGGCGGGGCAGCUGCGCGGGCGCUACCUUGGACAGAACCGUGGCGUGGACGAGACAGCGCCGGAGAUUCCGAAGAUUCCCGAACUGACCGAUGCCAUCAGUUGUAUCUGGAUUGCCAAGUCGCCCUCCGUGACGUCGACCACGCAGUCCAUGAUCGGCAUCUUGGCCGGCUCGACGCUCGGCGUGGUGACGAGUUAUGCCCUGGGGCGCGAGUCCGCCGGUCCUCGCUUUGGAGAUGGUGACAUGACCGCCCGCUGGGUGCUGAGCCCCGGGGUGCCCAUCAUCGACAUCAAGGUCGAUGACCAGUAUAGCCUGCGGCGGAAAGCCCUCGGCCGGGUUUGGGCCGUCGCUCUGAACGCUCUCGGCGAGGUCUAUUAUCUGACACAGGCCCCGACCCCUCCCCUCCACAAGGGCAAGGCCGAGGACGCGGUCAAGCUUGCCUGGCAGGCCGGUCGAACCGCCUGCUGGGAACUUGUCGAGCCCACCCGGCGCACAUCGAGGCCCGACGAGUUUGACAAGAACGCGGUGACGGGCGCGUACUCGCCGCGGACCUCGGCGGACUCGAUGAAUCUGAGCAGGGAACAGCUCAUCGCCGAGGCUAGAGAGAUUGAAUCGUACUUUCGACACACGCCGGCUCACUUCCGGAAGGUGUGUCAAGGUUGGGACAUGCUGCGUAAACUCGAGGUCGACUUUGCCGCCGGAGGCGAGGACGGCGGCGGGGAAACCAUCUUUGUCAUCACCCCUGGCAGUGAAGAGACCGAGCCGGCCUCCGUCCGCAGAUACGUCAGGCGCGGGACUCGCGCGACGCCUAGUCCGUCGGGGGCGUUGACCCCCGUUGCACCGCUCGGCGCCGCUCCUCGCUGUUCAAUCUUUGGGGGAGAGGCCGCGGCUAAGAUAGCCCAAGAAGCAGUGCCUCGAUCCGACAGCGACAACAAAAACGGGGUCAUGUCACCAGCAUCUGGGUCGAGCACGCCUCGACCCGGGACCGUCCCCGAGAAGGCGGAGGCCGAAGAAUGGCAAGUCAGCGACUUUGUCUUCAGGCGUGACGCGGCUACGGAGAUUACCGCAAGCGCGGUGGACAUGUCCCACUUCGCCUUGAUGGCGGCCUUCGAGGACCCUCUGCUGUCCGGGUCGUCGGGGGCCAACAGUCCUGGCACGCCCACGGCCAAGCAGGCCGCCGGCGAGAUUCCCGGCCGACGCGCCCGCCUGCUGGCCGUCGGGACCAACACGGGCUCCGUCGUCGUGUGGAACAUGCGCGACACGGCCUCGCCCACCGUAACCCCCGUAAGGGUCAUCCGGACCGGGUCCCCCGAGAUCACCGCCCUCGCAGUGUCGGCGCUGUAUCUCGUCCACGGCGGCAGCGACGGCUCGGUCCAAGCCUGGGAUCCCCUCGCGUCUUCCCUGGAACCGAUCCGGACUCUCAACGCCAAGUCGUCGGGCCGCAUCCCGCGGCACAUCCUCCAGGCCAACCCUGCCUUGCAGCACGCAAACUACUUCGCCGUGCGCGCCAUCGCCCUCGACCCAGAUGCCACGGUGCUCCGCGGCGUCCUGGCCUUCGGCACCUUCAUCCGCUUCUGGACCUACAGCUCCACCUCACAGGCCGGGCCCGGCCGCAAGCGCCGCCCGCGUCACUCGGAUGUGCACGGCCGCCCCGCCGGCCGCCGCAACAAUGACAGCGUUGCCAGCUACAUCGCCGCCGAGGAGGAGGAGCUGCGCCACGAGCUCGAGCACCGCUCACGCGAGGCCGAGCGCCUCCGGAAGCGCUUCGGCGUCGGGCUGGCCGAGCUCACCGAAGAGGAGGCGCUGCAGUAUGCGCGCAUGAUCUCCGAGGAGAGCUUCGCGCUCGACGAGAUGCGGCGCUCGUCUGCUUCUGCUUCUCCUUCUGCUUCUGCUUCUGCUACGAGCGGGAGUGAUGCGACGGCCGGGGGGGAGACGGCGAGUUCGGCCGGGAGCAGCAGCGGCACGGGCGUUGCGGCCACGGCCGAGACGAGCUUCUUUGAUACAGAUGGGUAUUAUGGUGGUGGGGCGGCGGGCCCCAGUCGCACUGCAGAGCUACCCGUGCCGAGAGAGGGGGGAAUCGGAAUCGGAAUCGGCGGCGGUGGUGACGGAGGGGUCGGGAAUGGUGGUGAUGAUGACGGCUUUGAGGCACAGCUUCAGAGGGCUAUACGAUUGUCUCUUCUGGAAAGCGGUGGUGACGACGCGUCUCCGUCUUCCUCGCACCGUCCGCCGCCGCCGCCGCCGCCGUCGCAAGCCCCGUCCCGGGGCGGCGAUCUCAGCAAUAAUAGCAUGGAGAAUCUGCACGAGUACGGUGUGAAUGUUCAGGUGAAAACGGCAAAGGGGAAGGGUAAGGGGAAGGGUAAGGGUCGGUCGGACGAUGCGUCGCCCAAGGGAGGAGGAGUGGGCACGGCCACUUUUGACGCAGCCGGGUACGGGCCUAGUCCCGACAUUGGCAUUGGUGCAGAUGACGACUUGGCACUUGCGCUGCGGCUGAGUCUAGAAGAGGAGGAGGCGAGGCAGAGAAGAGCGAGGGAGCAGAAGGCGGCGAUGGGGUUGAACGGAGAUGGGGAUGAUGAGUAUCCGCCGCUGGAGGUGAAAGGCAAGGGGAAGGGGAAGUGGGUUUGAAGUGAGUGGGAUGGGAUGGGAUGGUGGAGCGUUGGUGGGUGAGCCACGCGUCUAUUAGUUCUGAUUGAUUUCAUGUUCUUUUCUUGCCCGGCGGCAUGCUUCAGCCAUCCGCUGCUCGAGUAUUUUACAGUCGUUAAUCGUGGUUUUGCGCGUAGGUAAGCAGCCGGUCAUUUAACAUUGCGUGGAAAUCAACAAACUCUUGACUCUCAACUCUUGUUCGCUUGGUUGAAUCUAAAUUGCUUUUUUCUUCGUGGGACUGCCAACAGUGUUUUCAUUCCAGCUCAUCGUCGUCCUGAACCCGCCCGG